AUGCCGACCGAUGAGAAAAUCGCAGUCGAUCCCGACAUUUACCAGAUCGACGACAAGUAUGAGCCCAGCGACUUCCAAUCAGAGACCACAUCUCUUGCUUCCUCCAUCUAUAAGGGAGUGAUGGAUAAUGGUCGACGGUACCAAACUCUCCGAGAAGGCAAAUACUGGGGCCCUUCCGAUGAGCAGCAAUUCGAAGCACUUGAAGCAGGAUACCUAGUUGGCUUGGUCAUGGAUUCGGAAACAAAUAACCCUCUGUUUCAAGCCCCGAUCAAAAACCCUAAGCGCAUUCUUGAUGUCGGUACUGGCCGAGGAGGCUGGGCAGUUGAUGUGGCAGAUAUGUUUCCCGAGACCCAGGUUCGCGGCGUCGAUCUCUACCCUCCACCCAUUGAUUGGAUGCCCCCCAACUGCAUUUUCGAAGUCGACGACGUUCUUCAGGAAUGGACAUGGCGCGACAAGUUCGAUCUGAUUCAUAUGAGUCUCAUGCUAGGGUCUUUCACCGCGCCUGAGUGGAAAUCUGUUUACAGGCAGUGCUACGAUAAUUUGGAACCGGGAGGUUGGUUCGGGCAAUUUGAAGGGGGCUGUGACGUCGUUUCUGACGACGGCAGCUUGCCCAAGAACAGUUACUUGACAAGUUGGGGCCCAAACAUCAUCGGCGCAGCUGCGAGAUCUGGACGUCCAGUCGACACGCUGGACACUAUGCGUGGAGAAAUUGAAAAGGCGGGAUUUAUUGAUCUCCGCGAAAAAGUCUACAGAUGGCCCAUUGGCCCGUGGCCGAAGGACCCUGUCCUGAAGGAAGCUGGCCGUCUGAAUUGGCAUAUGUGGAAGACCGGCAUGGACGGAUAUGCCACAUAUUUACUCACCAAGUUCGGUCUUCCCGAGCCAUGGAGCCUAGAGGAAGUCCAAGUCUUUGUUGCAAAAGCCCGGGCUGAGAUCAACAUCCCAAAGUACCAUAUCUACCACGUCUCGCGACGAAUCUGGGCCCGUAAGCCGACGGUUGAGGAAGCUGCUAGUAUUGCUGCCGAGAAAGAGAAGGCGAAAGGGAAGGAGAAGAAGGAAGCUGGGAAGCGUAACACCAGUCAGACAACACCAGGUCUUACGUGA